AUGUCUAAUUCGCUUGGGAGGGUUUUCCUGAUGUACUCCACAUUGGAGGGAUCGCUGGACCAGACGCAGCUAGUCCAGGCCUACAAGGACCCAGAAAGGUACAUAGUCAGCGAAGACGCACCCGUCGAAGCCUCCGAUGAUGUCCCUUGCCAGGAGAGGCACGACAUCGACAUCGCGACAGCGUUGACAAGUUCGGCGCCCGAGAUAGGAGAUGAGCGAGAGAAUCAACUCUAUGUACAGCAGGCGGCGCCGUUGGCCAAUCAAGCACAGGUCCUUCAGGACUUGUGCGUGAUACCCAUCCGGAAGUGGCGAGGAAAUCUCCCUACGUCGCUUGGGCAGCUUUCACGAGAGGCCCAGGAGCUGUACGCGUCGGGGUGA